AUGGAGUGUCAUUAUAGCAAUAACGACAAAGCUACCGCAUCCGGGGGAGCCGAUGCGCCAAUACCGAGGAGCCAGGGUAUUGGUGGAAAGACAUUGACUGGCCAAAAAAAGGAAAUCCCACGACUCCUUACACCUAAGUCGAAACUGCGACUUGGAUCGUGGAACGUGCGGACCGCCUUUCACUGCGGUCAGAAAGAAAUCAUCGCAAGGGAGUUGAGCAAGUGCCGGGUUACUGUUGCAGCUUUAUCCGAACUGAGGAUCAGCGGCUGUGGAACGACAAGAGUGCAGGUUCCUGCUACGGACGAUUGGAUGACACUGUACUACUCUGGCGGUCAAGAACAUCGUGAUGGUGUUGGGUUCAUGCUCAAUAGCCACGCAUCAAAAUGCGUCGUGUCGUUUCAACCCAUCUCGCCGAGAAUAGCAGUGAUCACUUUGGGCGGAACCGUCAAGUCGCACAUAGUGAGCGUAUACGCUCCGACGGAACCGAGCGACGACGGUAUGAAGGACGAAUUCUAUAUGCAGCUCCAAGACGUGCUGGACAGCAUUCCCAGAAGAGAUCUCGUUAUCGUCACAGGCGAUCUGAACGCUAGAACUGGCGCCGACAGAACCGGAUGGGAACCUGUGAUGGGCCGAUUUGGCGUAGGAGAAAUGAACAACAAUGGUUUGCGGCUGCUUUCGUUUGCCACGUUCAAUGAUCUGGUCAUCGGCAAUAGCCUAUACCAGCAUGCACGAAAGCAUCAGCUGACAUGGAGAAAUCCAUCUGGUCACGAUUCAGCAGUCCUGGACUAUGUACUAAUCAAUUCUCGAUACAUGUCAUCUGCAAGACUCCGCCUACAGUGUGCUAAGCGAGGUAAACGCCAACCGAAAGUAGACUGGGAGCAACUUUUGAAGCUGGAGGUGAAGCAAGGCUUCCAAAUUGCACUGUCAAAUCAGUUUGCUGCGUUCACGGAAGUGGGAACGGUGGACGAGGAAGAACGGCAGACUGCAAAAGUCAUUACCGAAUGUGCUACACAACUGUGCCCAGUUUUGCGCCGACGGACUAAACCAUGGAUCUCGGACGAAACAUUGCAGUUGGUUGACAAAAGGAGGAAGGUGAAGCUGACGAAUGGCACUACGUAUCAGCUACUCAGUAAGGAGCUCCGCAAGAGACUAAAAACAGAAAGGGAGGCCUACUGGAACGCAGUAGCGGAGGAGCUCGAAGAAUCGGCAUCCAAACACGAGUAUCGCAUGCCGUAUCAAAUUCUGAGAAGACUGUGCGGCAAAACCAGAGCAUGCGGAACCUUCAUCAAAGACGCAAGUGGCAAACUCGUGAAAGCCAGUACCGAUAGAGAGCCACAGGAACCAACACACGAGGCGGCGCCAAGUAUGGAGGAAGUGAGGGCGGCGGUGAUGUCGCUGAAGAACAGGAAAGCGGCUGGUGUAGACAAUGUCACAGCAGAAGCGAUUAAGGCAGGAGGAGAAGUAUUGGUACAACGGCUCCACCGUCUUAUGUGUCGCGUCUGGCAGACGGAGGUUGUUCCUACGACGUGGAAACGCUCCAUCAUCGUGCCAAUACACAAGAAAGGCGACAUAACGGAAUGCAAGAACUAUCGCGGCAUAUCACUCCUGUCAGUCGUCGGGAAGGUUUUCACAAAGAUCAUCAACGCAAGACUUCAGCUUCAUCGAAGAAGCUUAUGCCGACCGGAGCAAGCGGGUUUUUGCCCUGGCCGUGGGUGCAGUGACCAGAUCUUCGCGCUGAGGCAACUACUGGAAGAACGUAUUCGUUGCGGCAAAAGGGUUGUGGUUGUUUUCAUAGAUUUCAGAGCUGCAUUCGAUAGCGUCCACUGGCCAGCGCUAUGGAAAGCCCUAGAGUGUGAACAUGUUCCGGACAAAAUU